UUUUUUUUCAAUUGUAUGGAAAUUUGACCCUGUUUUUUUCAUAACAAAUGUACAAAUAAAACAAAUCUAAUCUGUAAAAAGAGUUCUUAAACAGUUUGGACACAACAUAACCGCCUCCGAUCCUUACACUAUUAGAUAGAAUAGGGCCCAAUUGGGAAACGCGUUUUUCUUUACCAUUAUUCUACGUUCAAGCAAGCAUAAUAUUUAUGAAUCUUUUUCUUAGAAAAAUAGCUUCUUUUUUCUACUGCAUGCAUGCGAUAAUAUGGCUCACCGGGUUCGGUAUGGACCGUUUCACAAAAUUCGUUUAUCUUUGUGAAGCUAAGUCAUAAAUACAAUACGUGUGUGACACUGACAGUCUGACACCCACUAUCUGUCGCCUGCGGCUAUAUAAAUAGGGAAGUCAUCUCUCUGAAACUGCCUAAGCUAAUCAAGCUACUCAAUCAACAAGAGUUAAUAUUGCUCGCUCGCUAAUCAGCUAUCAAUUAAAAUUAUUCGACUAGGCUAACUAGGUCCCCUCCCCCUCUCUCUGCUUUUCAUGGUGCUGGUUGGUGCCCAAAGAAUAAUCUCAUAGGCUUUCAUGUUUCAUCCCUCCUGACUCCUGAGAUCUCGACGAACAGCAGCAGCAUCACAGCAGCUAGCAGGCUGGCAACACGCGGCAUGGAGCACCAGCUGUUCGAUGACCCCUUCUCUAGCAGCAUCUCGUCGCUGGAGGCGGACAUCUUCUCCGCCGGCGGCCAGCUGCCGUCGCCGCCGUGGCCGGACCUCGACCUCGACCUCGACGACGACGACAUCCACGACCUCUCCGCGCCGACCGGCAACCCCACCUCCUCAGGAGGCUAUGGCUCGGGCGGAGGCUCCGGAGGCUCCCACAGGAAGCACAGCCACAACGCGUACGAGCGCGACCGCCGGAAGCAGCUCAACGAGCUCUACUCCUCGCUCCGCUCCCUCCUCCCCGACGCUGACCACACUAAGAAGCUGAGCAUCCCCACCACGGUCUCCCGAGUUCUCAAGUACAUCCCCGAGCUGCAGAAGCAGGUGGACAACCUGGAGAGGAGGAAGAAAGAGCUGACGAACGCCAACUGCAAACCAGGAGUUCUGAACACGAGCCAGAUUGUAACUCCCAUUGUUUCUGCUACUUGCCUCAACGAUACGGAGAUCAUGGUUCAGGUCAGCCUGCACAGCAACGUGGCUGCCACAAGUCUUCCUCUGUCCAAGUGCAUAAAAGUGAUGGAGAAUGAAGGCCUUCACCUAAUUAGUUCAUCAACUUACUCCACCUUCGACAACAGGACAUUCUAUAGCCUCCAUGUUCAGGGAAAAGAAAUUACCUCUGGCCUUUGCACGCGGCAUUCACGGCCCGCCUAACUUGGUGGUGUCAGCCCAAGUGGACACUUGGUGGUGUCAGCUCAACCGAUGGUGAGAUGGGUGACGCGGACAAGGUCCGGUCAAGCGGGCGGAGCAGAUAGAUGAUGUCAUUGAGGCACCGAGCCCCACGCGUCUCCAACCAUGAUCCAUUCAUGUCAUGGAGAUGGAGAUCAGAUCAAUGCCAGUCUUAUUAGAGCGAGGCUAAAAGUAUCUAUUUUCACACUCUAUUUAACUUCUUUUAACACUCUAAAAAAGUUCCUCUCCAUAUUAAUUUUCUUAGUCCAGUAGACUCUUCAUUUUCCAUUCUCCAAAUCCCAAAGGCUCCUUCAACUCUCCCCCUACACACACGCUGAUGUGUGGGUCCCACGCAUCAUCUCCUUCCGUCCCCUUUCUUUCUUGGGUGGUGUUCCCGAACUACGAGGAUUGCUAGUGAUCAAGGGGCAUACCACGGUGUUCACCAAGUCCAGGCACACGUGGUGACGCACUUGGAGCGGAUAGAGGAUGGUCGGAGCUCGUCGGAGAAGAGGUAGGACGUGGCGGCGCACCGGCGGCGAAGUGUGUUCCUCACCAACCCAAAUGAGCUGCGAACGUGGAGAGUUAGCGGAAGCAUCAUGAUCUACUCGUCCAAACGAACCCAUUUUAGGUAUAUUGGUUGGCCCCAUUUUGAGAGUUGGAUAGGGGCUCCUUGCCUCCCGCCUACUCCUCGCUCGUGCCCAUGCUGACCCAUGCGGCCACCUGCCCCGCGCCGCUGCGACCCCGCAGGCGUACUCCGCUGCCCAACCUGUGCUGCCGCCUCCCUGCACCGAAGCACCCCCACAGGCAGCCUCCGCGCCCACCUGCUCCUCGCCCACGCCCGUCCUCAUGGGCAAGCCCGCCGCCCAUCUGGAGGGCGGGAGAGGCGAGUGAGCGAAAUGCCGAGCGGCGGUGGCUCAAGAAAGAUGUCGAUCCAGAGUGGAGGAAUUGCAAGCUGAUUGACAAGCGGGGACAAUGCCGAGUCUAUUGGAUCGGUGUUUUUUUUUUUUACCUAGCUAGACUGUUUUAGAGAAUCUCUUGGUGAUACUUUAAUAAUUUAGGUGGCAGCUGGUUGUAUGCUAUUAUCAUGUUAUCAUGUCACUUGCAAUCCAUAUAACAACACAUUCAUAUAAUAGGUAGGUGUUGGUGUAGGGUAUAUUAUUGAUAUAUGGUCCACCUCAUCUUCUCACA